GUCACAUUUUAGACAAGGACAAUAUUAAUAAUGACGAUGAUGAAAAUGAUAAAAUAAAAACCAUGAAAUAUAGAAGCUUUGUCGAUAUUGUGUUUAAGGAUAUCAAGUCAAUUAACAAGGUUGAAAAUAAUCUAAAAAUAAUGACAUCAAAAAGCAAAUGUUUUUUGAUGGCUUUAAUGCAG